CAACUUCCUUCAACAACACAGAGAACCAUACUGAUUCGGAUAAUUGCGUAGCUGGUACCCGAGAAGAUCAUUCUCGUCUAGCCCUUCUCUAUAGAACACCUCUAUUCUUGCCACAAUGCCUCCCAGGAAGAAACAAAGAGUUUCAUCGCGGACAGCUCCGAGCACACCGCAAGCUGAGAGCGCAAAACAGACAGCAUCUACAACCAUUGCAACAGACAGUUCGCAAAAGUCCGACACUGAAAACGACUUGGUUAACGACCCUUGGACGGAUGAACAAGAGACUGCGCUGCUGAAAGGCCUUGUCCGGUGGAAGCCUGUUGGAAUACACAAACAUUUCCGAAUGAUUGCAAUAUCAGAAUAUAUGAAGAGUCAGGGUUAUGCGCCGGUCCACGAUGAGCACACACGUAUUCCAGGAAUUUGGAAAAAGCUGAAUUCACUUUAUAAUCUCCCUGCGCUGGACGAAAGGGAGGAUUCGAUCAUUUCACCUGAUGUGGACGAGUCAGAAGAGUCCGAGUACUGCCCUUUUGAACUACCAGACGAUGAGUACGGCGAAAUGAUGUUUGCAAGACGUCUCGCAGCGCAACGAUCAGAGUCGCCCGAAACAUCUACUCAUCAAGGAUCUAGAAGAGGCAGUACAGUUGCUGAUACUGAUGAACCGCGAUCAUCUCCCGCGCCUUCACGAGGCCGUCGAGGAAAAUCCACUCGGGCAUCAACACGCGGUACACGUUCAACAAGAUUACAAGUUGAAGUAGAAAAGCCAACUCCCAACCCAGCCAGCGAGGACGAAGAAAUGGAAGACGUAGAUGCAAACGAAGGCGAUGAUGAAGACGAAGAGAACACCGAUGCAGGAGAGGAAGAUAAUGAGGAGGAAGAGCAAGACGAAGAAGCACCUAGUUCUCCUGCGGCUCGAAAUACCCGCACGCAGGCGACAAAGUCUAAGAAGGAAAAGAAAGGCACAGGUACAGCCACCGGCGCCGCAACAAGGCGAACGGGAAGGCGCCGCUAAGUCAUUUGUUCAAUGGACUGUUUUUGGUAAAGUUUUCAUGUACGAUAUAUGUGAUAAGAAUCGGGCUUUCCAGGAUCUUGGCAGAUAGGCUGGAUCUAAAUCUGAAUAUACCUUGAGAGUUCAUGUUUUA